UUAUUAUUGGUGUGUGUGGACUCAUUUUAUUGAUGUUGGCCUACUGUAUGAACACACUGAGCGAAGGAUUCUGGCUUCAGAUCUGCCUACUAUGUAUUCUCUGCAUUGUCAUUUUCACCGUCAUCUGGUUUCUCACAGGAACAGUCUGGGUUUUCUCCAUAUAUCCUCCAAACUACAACUCCUCAGCUGAGGGACACUACUGUCAGAGGACUCUUUACCUUUUUGCUUUUUGGUUCAAUAUCCUGUGCUUUUUGUCUGUGCUUUUUCUGAUACCUUGUUGUAUAUGUUAUUUUGUGUACGAGUGUGUUAGACGUGCAUACUCCCCAUAGGGCGCCUUAAAAUAUAAAUAAUAUCAUGUUUGCUUUAGCAUUUAAAACUUUGUAAUAUUUGUCCAAACAUAUAAGCAGAAAGAGAUACUUUUAUAACUGUGUAUUCAUAUGCCACAUUAAUUACCUAGGUAUUUUUGUUUUUAAUUACAACUCUACCUACAGAUACACCGCCCAUUGUUCCAAUAGGCGCCUUUGGCAAAGACGUAAUCCGUGUCCAGCCAAUAGCGAGCAGGAAUCUAACAUCACCUUAUAAGCGUGUACACGGACAGUUUUUUUUAUAUAUUUAUAUAUAUUUCCCCCCAAAUUUCUCAUAUAUAACGCGUCCCUGCUCUUUUAGAAGCUAUGGCCGAACUGGUGGCAAAAUGCUUGGAGGCACGAGACAUGGCUUAUUGUCCCUAUAGCAAGUUCCCAGUUGGUGCUGCUAUUUUGACAUCUGGAGGUGCCAUAGUCACAGGCUGCAAUGUAGAGAAUGCUUCAUACGGCCUUACAGUCUGUGCUGAGCGAACAGCUAUACAGAGAGCUGUAUCUGAGGGACACAGAAGUUUUACAGCUAUGGCUAUCACAUGUGAUAUUAAAGAUAGCUUUGUGGGACCCUGUGGUGCCUGUCGACAGGUGCUAAUGGAGUUUGGUUCAGAAUGGGACGUUUACCUGACUAAGCCUGAUGGAUCCUAUAAGAAGACAAGUCUGAGAGAACUGCUGCCCUCAGCAUUUAGUCCAGCUCACCUGACAAAAUCCAGCAAUUAAAACAAUGUAUUUUAGGAUGGUCUGCUUUGAUGUUCUUACUCUGAAUUAGAGGAGACCAUUGUGACUGCUAAAAUGUUGCAGGAGCAUGUGCUUUUUAACUCCUAUUCUGGUGAGAGCUAGUGGUCAGAUCUUCCUCUUGGUAUGAAGAAAAGUCAGUCUUCUGGAAACAGCAGGUUGUUUGUGCAAAGCAUUACUAUGUUUCUUCUUUUAUCUUCAGGAAGUGCUUUAUUCUGGUUCAAGUCACUGUGGUUUAAAUGAUUAAUUAAUUUGUUUAUAUUGUGGGGAAUAAACUAAGCACAUUAGAAAAUAUAUUAGGAAAUAAUAUUAAUUAUUGCUAACAACAAUAAAUGUGUAAAAAUAACUGCUUGAUCAAUCCUUUCUGAUCAAAUGACUGAUCAAGUUUUUGGCAGGAGUGGGUAAGACUGGGAAAAAGAGCGCUGCACAAACAUUUAUUCUACAUCCUUAAUCAAACCCUGUAAUUUAAAUCAAAUACUUGCUUUUUUUUUCCUUUUUUUGGAUCAUGUAGGAGAAUGUUUGAUAUGUUUGAUAUUAAGUAACCUCAAUGUAUAAGAAGCAGAACUAAAAAUUUCCUCAGGUAUUAUCAUCAAAUUAGACCUAUAAUAAUGGCCAUUUGGUAACAACAAUGAACUGCUAGAUUAACCAAUAAAUAACACUUAUGAAGGCUAGCUUGUGUUGGUACUGAAUCAAAAGACCAUUGCAACUAAUGAUCAGCCACAAGAGGGCGCAAUGAGAACAAGACCAUUAGGACACAACUGAACUUAAAUAUUCCUAUCUCAAAUGUCUUUAAAUGAGAUAUUACUUUCCUACCAAAUCAAACACAUAAAUAAAUAUUAAAAAAAAAAAAACUAUUUAGAGGGGUUGUUUGAAACUUUUACAGAGCCUUUUCCAUUAAUUUGUGAAACUGAAAAGAAAGUCCUCAGUGUAGAGGGCGGAAAGUGUGGGAUUGAUGUGCCCCUGGUGCCCCCAAGGGCUGUUUGAAAUUCUCCCCCACGGAGGGAACAGCAUUCAGUUCUGCCAUCCAGGAAAAACACUCUGACAUUGUUCUCUGUGAGAGACAGAGAGGGGGAAAGAGGGGAGGGGGUAAAAGUGUGUGAGAGAGAAUGAACGAAAGAAAAAGAAAAAAAAACACAUAAAAGGAAAAGACUACAAGCUAGACAUUGUUUCCAUGAGGUACUACUGAGAGCAAGAAAACGACACAUCUCAAAGCUAGAAAUGAGCAGAACAGAAAAGCAAAUAAGAGAUAUGACAUGAAGAGAUAAAAAGGAAAAGGAGACAAUAAAAUGGCUGACAAAGCAAUGUUCACGUUGGCAAAAUACCACGGUUGAGCUUUUCAGAAAGGCAGAGCAGCUGAAAGCAGGAGAUCAGUGAGAAGCAGUGAGAGUGCUUGUUUUCUGGCUUAAGCAAAUACAGCAUGCAGCAGGACCUCCUUGUAUCUUAUGUACACACUCUCACACAGUUUGUUAACGCUGUUUUACUUGCAGGGCUUUGUUGUUUACACACGUUCUGUAUUUAGAUUCAGUUUAUAGAGUAGUUUUUUAAAAGUGCUCACGUGCUACACACUUUUAUUUUUUAAUAAAUGUUUCUCGCAGGUUUAAAAUUCUGUUACAUAACUAAUAUUUGCUAUUAUUUUAAAAUAGUAGAUGGUGAUUGGUGCACUGAGGAAAAAAAAUCCUGCUUCUAAAUAAUUUACUAAAUAUUUGGUUCCAACGCAUACUUUAAUUUCAUGUAUCUGAACAAUACAUGGUAUGUUCGGAUUUAUAAUGCUCUAUAAGACAAAUAAGCACAGAAAUCAAAAGGCAUUUAGCAAAUAUUUUGCUACAUAUUUUUACCUUUAACCGAUAUUGUUUGGAAUACAGAAAUAAAAACUAUUCUGACUUGACCUCCA